GGGUCAUCCAAGACACAGGUGGCGCUGUAGUUUGGAAAUCAACUUGAUCUGGUCUGUGUAACACCUUUUUUUUAGUCACUCCCCAGUACGCCUGAAGUCUUGUGUAAACAGGAGAACCUAAUGGGAGUCCGUCGAAAAAUAUCGCCUGGGAUGAUAUACUAAGUUUUAGUUGACGGCUGGUGUCUGAGUUUUACAUGGAGCUGGGGUUAAACAGCACAACAUACGGGGCUAUAGCUACUAACCAACCCGCGCGUCACAGCAGCUGGAGCUCGUGCGGCUAACAGAUUAGUUUGCGCUGUUAGCCUAGCCUAGCUUAGCUUAGUUUAGCUAAACCUCGGUACCAGGCUUUCCUCUGGAUUAUAUCUUGCUGCGCGUUAUUUAUUUUAGCGACGUUACGAAACACAAAACUGCUUAAGAAACAGCGCGCAAUGUUUGUAAUAAGCGUUUCGGCUCGCUAGCUAAGGUAAAACCGUGCUCUGUUCGCCAGUGAAAUGCGUUAGCCAGUGAGCUGCGUUAGUUAGCAAGCGUCUGCUGGAAAAUAUUAUAUCGACCGUAAAGCUGUUUUACAGCCUGACAUGGUAAACAACAAACUUAAAAAAAACGUCAAGUGCAAUUGUUUUUGCUAGCUAGCGACACCAAAGCCAUGUCACGUGACAUGCACAGGUAGCUAGUGAGCAGUGUAGCCUUAACCAAGGGUCGUGUUAUUUAAAAUAAUAAUAAUAAUAAUAAUAAUAAUAAUAAACAACAACACAGGAAGCGACCAAGUAAUUCGCGUCAGCUAAGCUACACAUGAUCUGAUGUGAGAGUGUGUGUGCGCAGCUGCAUUACUCCCCCAUGACCCACACAGUUUUGCUCAUCCAGCUGUGCCACCGGAAUAACAAUGUCAGACAAUCAGGGCAACUUGAACAACAACAACGUGCCUUUGAACAACAACAACAACGGCGCGGCGAACCGACUCCGAAACCCGAACAUCAACCAGAACCCCCUCAUCAAUGUGCGGGACCGACUCUUCCACGCCCUCUUCUUCAAGAUGGCAGUCACAUACGCCAGACUGUUUCCUCCGUCUUUUCGGCGGGUUUUCGAGUUCUUCGUCCUUCUGAAGGCCUUGUUUGUGCUCUUCAUUCUGGCCUACAUCCACAUCGCGUUCUCUCGUUCACCCAUUAACUGCUUGGAGCACGUACGUGAGAAGUGGCCACGCGACGGCAUCCUGCGCGUGGAGAUCCAGCGCAACUCCAGCCGCCCGCCCAUUUUCCUGCAGUUCUACGAGACGGAGGGAUUCCAGGGGCUCGUCAAAGAGCCGGACGGGGACACGGACGACACCGGCCCAGUUCCCGUUCACCAAGACGACGAGGACGAAGAGGAGAUGACUGUUGAAAUGUUUGACAACAGCUCUGUGAGGUUUGAGCUGGACAUUGAACCUCGACUGAAGCCUUUGGCGAACGAUGGCGCCCCAGGCUCGGGCUCGAACGACACCCAGGACCUCUCCUUCAGCCAGGCUCCCUCUAAAGGUAUGCAGCCGCUGAAGGAGACUGUCUCCGAGAUUGAGAUGCUUAUGAGAGCAGUGUGGCCUCAAGAGGAGUACAUCGUGGAGUAUUCCCUGGAGUACGGUUUCCUACGGCUGUCUCAAACCACACGACAACGUCUUAACAUUCCCGUCAUGGUGGUUACUCUGGACCCAGUAAAGGACCAGUGCUUUGGUGAUGGUUUCAGCCGCUUCCUCUUGGACGAGUUCCUUGGCUAUGAUGACAUACUGAUGUCUAGUGUUAAGGCUUUAGCAGAAAAUGAGGAAAAUAAAGGCUUCUUGAGGAACGUGGUAUCAGGAGAACACUACCGGUUUGUCAGUAUGUGGAUGGCGCGAACCUCCUACCUGGCUGCCUUUGUAAUCAUGGUGAUUUUUACGUUGUCUGUGUCCAUGCUGCUCCGCUAUUCCCACCACCAGAUCUUUGUUUUCAUAGUGGACCUCCUGCAGAUGCUCGAGAUGAACAUGACCAUCGCGUUCCCGGCUGCUCCUCUUCUCACUGUAAUCCUGGCUCUUGUGGGAAUGGAAGCCAUCAUGUCUGAGUUUUUCAACGACACGACUACAGCGUUCUACAUCAUCCUCAUCGUGUGGCUGGCGGAUCAGUACGACGCCAUCUGCUGCCAUACCAACACGAGCAAGCGCCACUGGCUCAGGUUCUUUUAUCUGUAUCAUUUUGCGUUCUAUGCCUACCAUUACCGCUUUAACGGGCAGUACAGCAGCCUGGCUCUGGUCACUUCUUGGCUCUUCAUUCAGCACUCCAUGAUCUACUUUUUUCAUCACUAUGAGCUGCCAGCCAUCCUGCAGCAGAUCCGCAUCCAGGAAAUGCUGCUGCAGAACCAGCAGGCUGCCCAGGGCAACCAGACAGCACUGCAGGACAACUUGAACAACAACACCACCACCAAUGCUGUGGCGCAUGCUGACAGACCAAGUGCAGCCAGCUCGGUCGCUGCCAAUGGCCAGGAGCGCCAGGCAACCCUGCCCCAGCCACAGGCUGAAGCUACUAAUGGCCUUCCUAAUCCUGCCGUAAGUGAUCAGGACUGGAUGUCUGAGACGGCAGCCAUCAUCACAGACGCCAUCAUCACGGAGGCGCUGUCAGCCCCGCUUCAGGACACUAUAGCAUCCACUGCAGACAUCAGUGUCGCACCGCGAGCAGAAAUAGCAGGAGAGAAUGUGGAGGGGAGCGACAGAUCAGCCGGACCCCAAGGAGGGGGAGGGGACGAUGAGGCAGGAGCAACUCCUCACGUCACAGACUGCACAGAGGCGGAGGUGGACAAAACGGACGCGUGUCAAUGGGACGCCAAAAAGGAGGGAGAGUGUCACACUGAGCCUGCCACAGCCGGCCCUGACUCCGCCCCCUCCUGAGCUCAGCUCUCACUCCAAACCCCAUAAUUUCACCUUUUUACCUCUUCAACUAGCAGCAGCAAAGCUUUUCACCCUAAAUGCAUCUGUAAAGCGUCAUGGGGAAGAAGAGCACAAAUAGCGAUGGAGCACGGUGUAAUCGCACCCUGAAAAGGAAAGGGGGGGGGGACGUAAAUGUUUUCUUUUCUUAAGGACUUGAAGUGAAAAUGGAUGCUGGGAUUGUUAUUGAAAAUACACCACAUGUGUGGGUGUGAUCAUUCAGAGAGCAGUUGUGCAUUUCUGUUUCUUUUCUUCUUUUUUUUGUUAUAUAAGAUUUAACGAUCGGUUUCUUUAGACACUGGGUGUGUUUGUCUUCGAUAACGUGUUUAACAAUGAUCGUACUUCUGAUGGCGUAUCGAGAGUCGUUCAGAGCUCAGCAUCGACCUGCGUUAUCUAAAAAGGAGCAUCUAGUCUUUACCGGUAACCGAUCAUCCACGCCAAAUAUAGCAAGCGGUUAAUAUUUCGAUUUAGAUUUUGAGGUACGAGGUUCUUAUGCAGUAGCAGACGACCCAGUGUCACAUUGAAACCGAGCGCUCACCUGAAAGUAGUUUACCUUGUGAAAGUAUAGUUCUUAGUCCACGAUGCCUUGAAAAAUCUGUUGUAUUUUAAGUGAUUUCCGAAGACCACGUUUAGGUGUCGAGGACUUGCUUUUCUCAAGAACGCAAGAAGGAAAAAAAAAAAAAUCCUAUUUGGAACAGAUUGUUGAUCUUAUUGAUUACUGCACUAAUUUCAUUACGAAACAGUUAAGCUCAGUCUGUUCUUGUGCAAUUCCAAGAAGAUCUCUAAAGGUGCCCCGGUGAAUCCUGUCUGGUUAGAGAGGCAGGGCUUGUCAUUUGUGUAAUUAUUUAGGGGUACAGAUAUUUUGUUAAGGUUUUUAAUUCCUUCAGUUCAGGGAUAUCUCAUUCGCGGGCUUCGAGAAUGGUCGCCUUUAGCAUGUAGUACUAUGAACCCGUUUUUAAUAUGCUAUAAGGUUACACCAUAGCUCUAAAGCCUCCUCAGAGCGAACAUCUUAUUAAUGUGCUUGAUCAUUUUUGUCGCUUUUUGCUUAUGUGUAUGUAUUAAUUGCAUUCUCAAAACAAAACAAAACCAGCCAUACGAAUGGGUACACCCCCCUCCAAACCCCAUAUUACAAAACAUGUUAUUAUUUCUCCAUCAAAUAUGUAAUGUAACUCUCAUGGAAUGUAGGAGUACAGGAAUGGUAAAAAUAUUUUUGAUACUCCCAUGGGUACUUCAAGGCCUACCAAGACCGGGUUCAAUGUUUAACGGGUGUCGGAGAAGAGCAGGAGAACGUUGUGCUUUGACUGCCGAUCGAAACCUACGUGGAACGACUCGGUCUUUAUGCUAGUACCAGUUAGACAAACAAAAACAAGCAUCAUCAAAGAUCAGUAAAUAUUUUAUGUGCAAAUAGCUUUUUAAAAGCGAGGGAAACCGAAUUAAGAGAUUUGUAUGCUUUAUAGAUCGUGCCUAGAGAGACAGAUACAGCCAAUUAAUAAGAAAAUCUGGCUUUUACAACGUCAUUCUGUCCAAUUAGAUUAAGCUUAACGUGUCGCAGAUGGUCUCGACUCUUUCAGCGAGGGAAGACUGGAAGAAACUGUGCAAUUUCUUUGGCAGGGUUUCAUUCAAAAGGCUAUGCAACAAAACGACAAGGCAAAACGUCAGCGGCUCUGGGAAGGACGGCUUCAUCCAAAACGUGUGCAAUAAGUCAAGUCAGUCCGAGACAGAUUUUCAGCAUGAGUGCUCCACAAACGAGCUUUUAUGAUCGAUUUUUUUUUUUGUGUUGUUGUUGUUCUUUUCUUUUCUUUCUUUUUUCCUGUGCCUAUUUGCCGUUCUGUGUCAGAAUGCAGGAGGAUGAGUUUCUAUAUCCAUUCAUCAUAGAAGAUGAAAAUCCACAGUUCUGUGAUGAACUGAAUUUGCUCUUUCAUCCAGUUGUAUUUAAAUGUUAAAAAAAAAACUAACCAAAACGAAAUGCAUAAAGCGACAAAAGGAUUUUUCCACUCGGCGUGCGUGCUUGUGGUUGCUUCUCUUUGUUGCGGUAGACUCGCUUUCAGGUGGAAAAAUGUUUUCUCUACAUUUACUUUGAGUCAGCGCUGUAUGUCAUAAAUAACGCAUCGAGCAACGUAAACCCUGUUAUUGCAGGCUGUGUAAUAUUCGUACCAUCGUCUGGUGGUGUUGUAAUGCCUCCUACCGAAUUGCCAUUGAUAUUUAUUGGUGGGUUUAUGAAACAUCCAACUAACUUAUACUUAUAUACGCAAUGUAUAUGAUCCACUAUUAGCUUGGUGCAAAUAUAACACAGUAAAUGCUGCAAAUGAGCAUCCUAGCUACUAUGAUUGGACACACAAAAUCUACUUAUAAAAGUGAGUUAUGAUUUCAGUAUUAAUCGUUGUUAAAAAUCGUAAUGAUUUUUGUUUUUUUCUUUCUGAGGAUGUACAUACAGACAUAUAUUUUCCAAGUCUGACAAUAAUGCUUGUGAUGAUGAUGAUGAUGAUGAUGAUGAUGAUGAUGAUUUAGGAGCAACUUACUGGCUAGAGCGGGAGUUCAAACGUUUUACAGUCACGGACCUCCUCAGUACAGAAUUAUUUGACAUUAAAAAGAAAGUGGCCACAUUAUUUAAACGUGUAGAUUAAAAUAUUUUGGUUAUUUAUUGGUGACAGAGAUUUAAAACAAACAAACAAAAAAAAAUUAAACUUCCUGUCAUUUCCACCAUUGUAACCAAAUGAGAAGUUCCCCAGGCUUUGCUUCAUGGACCCCUGGGGCUUCACUUUGAGGAAAAUAUUGUAGGAUUUAAUUCAUAAUACUUUUAUUUAAGAAUGAAAAGAACAUUUAUGUUUUAAGUUGUAUCGCUUGCCUGGUCAGGCAGGUGUAGCUUUAUAGUAGACGUCUGUGUAGAUGAAGACAGUCUAGAGUUCUUACCUUCAGGUUUCAAAUCGCUGACAUAAUGGUUGUGAUUGAGAGGAAAACGGUCAACAGGGUCACAUGGUGACCUCUGACGUAACGGUCGAAACCAGAACACUGCCCAUGAUCGUGGACGAGCUUAAAUUUGAACAGGUUUAAAAGAAAAAAAGCAUCCUAUAGAGAUCCCGUCCAGUUUUCUGACCCCCUGCGAUAAUAUCGAGUCAUGAUCGCGUUCACCCCGAAGAAUUCAUAAUAACAAACGGUCAUUAGCCAUUCUUAUAUU